UAUAAUUUCAACCAAUCGACAGAUGGUUGUGCAUAGCGGUUGUGAUAAGGAUGAAAUAGUGGGAAAAAUUGGAAUAUCCAUUGAAAUAGAGCAGUGUUUCCAGAACAUACAAUUCACCACCAAUUAUGAUGGUGAUUUGAUAAAAGUGAAAGUGGUUGAAUGAGUGGAAGAAAACACGAUUCAAUGUUUUUAUUUUAUUUACAAAUGAGUCAGUACUUGAGAAUUUUCACUUUGAAAUUGUUUGUUAUUAAAACACACACACAUAAAGGCAUUGUUGCUCUCCAUUAAUGUUAUUCAAAAGAGUUAUCUGAAAUUACCAUGUGAUUACAUCUGUUUGAAUAAAUUUCCAGAGCAUCUUUUUUUGUACAUGGGUCAGUGGGCAAUGACGUCCAACUGAUAAAAAUAUUCAAUGAUAGCAGAAGCAAUUGACAGAAGAAAAAAAACAGAUAGACGCAAAUUAUCGUAUCAAAGGCAUGACUUUAAAAUCAAGUAGCAAACACACGAAAUUUCACAGAUUUCAUACGAUGAAUAACAACCGCCAAAAGUGCACGACCCAAUACAUGUGCACAUAGAAUUAAAUCCCAUGAUUUUCAUUCUCCGACUCAACACAUUGUCUCACUCUUGUUCGUUUUUCUCGUCAUUUGGGUCUCGUGUAUAAGUUCGGUGUGUUUAAAUUACGUUCGUUUAGUCGGUUUAAGGUAAUCAACCGAAGCGGUUGAUUCAAAAACAUUACACUUAAGCGCACAGUAGGUUUUUUUUUCUGGUGUUAUUUUUUUUUCAUUCGUUCUUUCUCUCUGAUUGCUUGAGAUUUGUCGUGCGUUGCGAGCACAAACAUGUGAAUUGUGUCAAACACACGACCGAAAUUCAUUCGUUGUUGUUUUUUUCUGUGUGCAUGUAUUCAUUUUCAUGUAUAAAAUUCAUAGCAAACAUUUUGUUUGGUGUGUAGGCUGGCUGCCAUCGUUACCGUCGCUUGUUUUGUCGCACACACUCUGGAUUAGAGGCUCAAGCAAAUCGUUAUCGGCGCCGUGUUUAUGCAUGUGUGUAUGAGUGUCUGUGUGUCGUUGUGUGUUGAUGUGAUGUUUGUUGCACAUUUCUCUGUCACAUUGUUGUGUCGAUCUGAGAAGAAGAGAGAGAGAGAGAAAGAGAGAGUGAGAGAGAGAGAGAGAGUGUGAACACCAUUCAAACUGAUAUUUCGUGACUGAUGAUUUUUCAGUUAGUCGAUUUGACUCCGUUCAAUCAGACCGUUGUAAUUAAAAUCAUAUAUAAACGACGCUCGGCCACAUUUAACACUUCAGUUCUAAAACACAUUCGAACUUUAACGCAUUGCAAUUUCCAGUUCCUAGUCAAUCUAUCGACUUUGCUCUAUACAAAUUGCAACCAAUUACCAUAUAGUGUGAUUUGAACAAUUUGAUUUAUUUUUGCUCAUAGAAACAAACAAUCAACGACUGUUUCAACGAAUUUGUUACUUUUCGACUGGAUUAUUCAAGUAAAACCACUCAAUUUCCGACUAGAAUUAAUUAAAGUUGAAAGAAAAAAAUCGUAUCGAGUGACUAUGGCAGCAGAUCGAACCAGGCAAAAUCAAAAUGGAGUGGUACAACCGCUACUCACCGACCUCUAUCAAAUCACAAUGGCGUAUGCUUAUUGGAAAUCGGGCAAAGUGGACGAUAACGCCGUGUUUGAUUUGUACUUUCGGAAAAAUCCAUUCGAUGGUGAAUUCACGAUAUUUGCUGGUUUGGACGAGUGCUUGAAAUUUCUGGACAACUUUCGCUAUUCGGAAUCAGACAUCGAAUAUCUCAAACAAACACUACCCGAUGGCAUCGAAAAUGAUUUCUUCGACUAUCUCGCAGAUUUAACUGCCAGGGAUGUAAUACUCUAUGCCAUUCCUGAAGGAACCGUCGUUUUCCCUAGAGUGCCAAUCAUUAAGAUAGAGGGCCCAUUGAUCAUCGUUCAGCUGUUGGAAACAACACUUUUAACACUGGUCAACUAUGCAAGUUUAAUGGCAACGAAUGCAGCACGAUAUCGAAUGGUUGCUGGUAAGAAUGUGAAGCUCUUGGAAUUUGGUUUACGUCGAGCACAAGGUCCAGACGGCGGUUUAUCAGCAUCAAAGUACGCUUAUAUAGGUGGCUUCGAUGGAACAUCGAAUGUUCUUGCUGGAAAAAUGUUUGGUAUUCCGGUUAAGGGAACACAUGCUCAUGCUUACAUCACUUCCUUCUCUGGCAUUGACGAACUGAAGACAGUUAAUCUGAGACACAAAUCGACAGGUAUCAAUAAGGAUCUGCUCAGCUUGGCUGUUGAAUACCGGAAGCAAUUGUCGGGUCUACUGGGAGUGUCUACAGAUGAGUCAAGCGAUGGUGAGCUGGCUGCAAUGGUUUCAUUCGCAAUCGCAUUUCCCGAUGGAUUUAUGGCGUUAGUUGAUACGUACGAUGUCAAGAGCAAAGAGAAGGAUAAAUUAAAUCUCAAAAAGAACCACACCAAAUCGAAUAAAACCAAUAAUAUUUUGCCUGAUCCAAAGGAGAAAGCAAAUAAGGUACACAUCAAAUUGAAAUCGCACAAGGUCAUUGCCAAUGGUGCCAAAGAGAAUAAUCUCAACAAUCGCAUUUUAAAUCCAAUUCAAAAUCAUGUGAAUCACAUCGCCUCCAAUUCAGUGAAUGGAACGGUUGACAAAGCCAAAACGAAACAGGCAAUUGAACAAAAUGGCAAUAAAAUCAACGGUCAUUCCGUUCACGACGAUCGCACGAUUGUUGAAAAACUUACAGAAUUACGCAAAUUGUUCAGAUCGGGCUUAUUGAAUUUCUGUGCGGUUGCAAUGGCAUUGAACGAUCAAGGAUAUCGUGCGGUUGGAAUUCGAAUCGAUUCCGGAGAUUUGGCGUAUUUAUCUUGUUUAGCACGUGAAACAUUCGAUACGGUGGCAAAUAAAUUUAAAAUUCCAUGGUUUAAAACGCUAACAAUUGUGGCGUCAAACGAUAUCAACGAAGAAACCAUUCUAAGUUUGAACGAACAAGGACACAAAAUCGAUUGCUUUGGCAUUGGAACGCAUUUGGUAACGUGUCAGCGUCAGCCAGCUUUGGGUUGUGUUUACAAAUUGGUCGAGAUCAAUGGUCAGGCUCGAAUCAAAUUGAGCCAAGAUGUGGAAAAGGUGACGAUGCCUGGAAAUAAGAAUGUAUAUCGUUUGUUCAGUGCUGAUGGGCAUGCAUUGAUUGAUUUAAUGCAGAAGAACAAUGAGCCAGCGCCGGAAGUUGGCCAAAAAGUACUUUGUAGGCAUCCAUUCCAAGAGUCAAAACGGGCCUAUGUCAUUCCAUCGAUCGUUGAACCGAUGUACAAGAUUUAUUGGCAAAAUGGAGUCAUUUGUCAAGCGCUGCCGACCCUGGAAGAGGUGCGCGAAAAGGUUCAAUCAUCACUGCGAUCACUUCGCAACGAUCACAAACGUACGCUCAAUCCAACACCGUACAAAGUGUCGGUGAGUGACGGACUGUACAGCUUCAUUCAUACUUUGUGGCUGGAGAAUGCACCGAUUGGCGAGUUAUCAUGAUCAUUAAAUCAUUUUGACCGUUUUCAAUUGUCCUAUGCUUGCGAAAAUCAGCUAAUGUGCCAUAGUUAAAUGUGAUCCAGAGCUUUGUGAAAAUGGUCAGAUGUAUCGUACAUCAAACAAUGAGCACACACACACAAAUUAGAAAAAAUACCCAAACAAACACACAUCACCACCAGUCUACUUUGAGAGCGAAUACCAUUGAGAUGGCAAUUGUCAGUCGUAUUUUCAUUCCGUUGUGAUUCAUCAAUUUAGUAUGGAAAUGUAGCGGAAUAAAAUUAGCAUAUGGAUUAAAUACAGCUUAAAACACAAACAAACGAAUUAAAUAUGAAUCGAGAACUGAGUUCUCGCAAAUAUUAGCUUUGAACUUUUAUGAUGGCACAAUCGCUAUGUUCAACUAUAAUAAUCAUUUGUUGCUUGUUAACCAAACACGUUUUUUUAUCGUCAUACUAAGUUGAUGAGCGUUUGCUUAACGUUUUUUUUUCUUUUCUUUUUUAUACUAAUUUCUCCUAUCCUCUAUGUGUUACGCAUUUUUCUUUGUAGUAACUUAUGCCUAAGAGUAAUCACUCGAUAAAAAGAGUGCAAGGUGUAUUCAAUACAAACAUUCAGUCAUUUCCAACAAAGACACCACCGUAGAUUAGUUAACCUUUUUUUAGCAAAGCAUCAAAUAUAUAGUAACGUACUUGUUUUUAAUGCAAAAAAAAAUUUUUCGUAUCCAUGAAAACCAAACAAAAAAAACUGUAGAGCUAAAAUAAGAAAAUAAAUGUAAUCUUAUUACUUCUCUAGAUUUCACCUGGUAAUUAUUUUAUCGUAAUCGUAUAUUCGAGUCACACGGGUUGAUUGAGUUAAACAAAUGUGAAUUGAUUUUAUCGUAAAUCCUCAAGAUUUGAUUGUUGAUAGAGAAACAAAAACAAGCCCAUAUAACUUCUAUGAUUCAUUCACAAUUUGUUUUGAAGAACUUUGUUCAUACACUAAUUGGCUAAUUGUAAUAAAACUUCGUGAAUUAUUCGAAAAUUGAUUCAAUCGAUUUUGCUAAGUUCAAUUAAAAAAAACAGCCUAAUCGUUUCAAUAAUUAAGAUGUGUUUGCAAUUAUCAUAAAAAAGAAAUAUUACUUCACAUUCAAUAGAUAUUUUGAAAACAAAGCGGUAAUUCUGACCAACUUGUUACUUAUCCAUUUUCUGUGAAAGAAAAACACCAUAUACUUGGUUUCAGGAAAGAAAAUUAUAAACAAUUUUAUUUAUGAUAUAAAUGUUCAAUAAUAAAUGUAAAAAUAGACAUGAAAAA